AUGGCAAACAAAUAUUGUUUUGAAGCCUUAGACAAGAGCUUGAAGGACAUUCUUCGAGAUAGGUUUGAAAAUAGUUGUGACAAGCCUUUUGGGUCACUAAAAAUCAUGUGUGGUGGUGAUUUCAGACAAAUUAUGCCGGUAAUUCCAAAAGGAACAAGAGCUGAUAUUGUUGAUGCAUCACUAAACAGUUCGCACAUGUGGCCCUACUUUUCAAUUUAUGAACUGAAGGAAAAUAUGCGACUUACUUGUGGCAGAGUGAUGGGUUCUGAAGCUGAAAGAAUUGCAACUUUUGAUAGAUGGUUAUUGCAGAUUGGAGAUGGAUCAGUUUAUGAUGAUAAAAAGAUGGAACUCAUUAAGCUCCUGCCUGAUAUAUAUCCAUUGCACCAUCACACAACCAAGUGGAAUCAAUUGUAG